AGCUUGAACGCGCGUUCGUGUGUCAUGAGAGCGGGCACUGGAUACGGACUAGAGCACGGAACUCUGCCUCCGCACCUGCACCGCACUACCGCAGCUUCGCCGAGUGCCCAAAGUCUCAUCCUUUGGGUACACGUAUUUCUGUCCAACAUGGUAUUUUGACACACAGUCAUUCAAGAUCACGCGUUUCGUCGCCCACCAACAGCGCAGACCAGUCGUCAUGGGAAAAGCCUACACCGAAGAACAACGCAACAAUGUCAAGUUACUUCUCGAGAGCGGACGCGAUGAAGAGACUAUUGAGAAGGAGACGGGCGUGUCAGAUCGUACCAUCCGCCGGUGGAAGCUGGAACUUGAACGGACUGGGCGCAUAGGCAAGCCACCAGAGAGUCGCACAGGAAGACAUCGCGUCUUGAAUGCAGAUGUCGAGGCUGUAAGUACUCGCAGUCUCCAUACUGUGAUGACGAUGAUCUGAUCUCGUUCCUCAGGCACUUUUUGAACAUGUCCGAGAACAGCCAGAAAUGUCGGUAGACGACAUGCUCUGGUGGCUUUACGACACAUAUAAGAUUGUUGUCGGCACGCGCACAAUUCGACGGGUU